CCAGUAAGGAUGGAAGAGUCGCAACAUAAACCAAGACUAGACAAGAACCACGGAUUUCUACAUCACAUAAAGCGUAACCAGAUAGAGAGGAGAGAUUACCACGAGGAGAAACUAAAGGGCCAAGUAAAGGAGGAUCAUUCAAGGAACAAGGACCGACAUGACCGCCGCUCACGGGAUGACCGCCGAAAUAGAGGAAGAUCGCGUGAUGACAGAAGAUUUACUGAUCGGUUUACUGCAGAACAAAACAAAAAGGAGUACAUGGACAAACCCGAUAAGGACGGAGUUGUGUUUACUUUAUCCAUUGAGUACUGUCCUGACAAGGUCGCAGUCUUGAAAGUCAGACAGAGAGACGAUCCUGACACCUUAGCUAAAGCAUUCACAAAACAAUACGGAAUGAGAGAGGAUCUCACUCUUGCCCUAACUCACACCAUCUCACAAAGAAUGGGACUCAAAUGAACUGUCACGUGACUGAAAGUUUUAUAAGCUUUGGUUUUGGUUUCGGUUUUUAGCUCAAUGAUGUUCUGUAAAUAAAAUUCAUUUCAAUUUGAUGCGGUAUGCAAUUAUCCGGCUGGGUUGAAAUAAACAUGUUUGGAACUAUACUUAUUUAGUCUGACACUUCUUUGUUAUAGUUGAAAUAUCAUUGAAUAUGUCACUUCACUGUUAUUUAAUGUAGAAUUGUUUGUAGAAUCAUGUUUCUACACUUUUUCUGUUAUCCACAUUUUUAACAAGCAACUUUUAACCUUAAUCAUUUUAAGUUUUGUUCGCAUUUGCAUUGGUAGAUCGUGAUAUUUUGUGGUUCAUAAAUAUGGUUACAUGUUCAGUUGCCAUACAUUCCGUUAAUCGAAUUGUUGUAUAUUCUAUAAAAAUGUUGAAGUUGCAAUGAAUAAA